CUCUUUUCUUUACCUUCGUGGUACGCACGUUAGGGAUGGCUUCGAGAAGGGGGUACCAUACAUGAGUAAGCACUCUUUAUUGGUUAGCGUUCCACCAACUAUCGCCUCCAGUUGUUCUCUCUCCCCUUAAUGUUUGGGUCCUGGCUAGUACUAUAGAAGACUACCCGUUGGACUCAAGCUUCUGGAUGGGAAGGGUGGUGAACUCAACUUGCUGUUGGGCGUCCUGCCAUUUUCUCUGUAGUUCAAGUACGUUUCAGCGAAGACGACUAAUAACAAGACAGACAUCUACCCUCUUGCUCCAUAUACCUUGGGAGCUACAAGCACACUAGCGCCACGAACGACUUCAGGGGACAACAUAGUGAAUGAGUGUGCAUGCGAUGCUACCAUUUCCGUGUACGUAUUUGCAUGUACACGCACACAAUCAUAUUUUAAUGCUCCUGUGAAUCGUUGAGGGCGUUUCAACCAUGUCGCCUGCAACAGGGUGGGAGCUGUCUGUCUUGUUAUUAGCCGUCUUCGGUUUCAGGAAACCGUGGCAGUAACGGAAUCCCACAUCCUUUCAACAAUGUUGUCCGGAGUGAUAUCUCUACUGUAUAUCUCCUGCAUAUUCGACCUUUGCUCCACGAAAGAGCACAUGCUCCACGAAAGAGCACAUGCUCCACGAUCUCGUCGCAGUGUGUGCAGUCUGGACAUGCGGGGAGCCUGCAUGUCGAAAUCCGUGCAGAUACCACUUAACCCUGAUAAAAAGUAUCAUAAAAAAACGAUAAAUUUUAUUGUUACAACACCAUUUUUUCGAAAAAUAUUCACCAUUAAACAUAUUGAAAUUUACACAACACACUCACCAUCACCCCUAUUGUUCUAUACCAUUCGGCGAAUGGUAAAUGGCACUUUUACAAUAAAAAAUGGUGGUCGUUAUGUAUCUUAACCAUAAAAUUUUGAGAAAAUUUUCAUACACUUUUUCGCGAAAAACAAUAGAAUGUAUUGUGUUUUUAUGAGACAUUUUUAGAGCAAUUUUCAAAAGAAAACAAUAUAUCUUAAUGUUUUUUCAUUGUUCUUACAAUACAAAUACAAUUAAUUGAAUGGCGUCAAAUGAAUCGUUGUUACAAUAAAAAUACAAUAAUAUUUGUUGUUAUUUGUAAGCAGUUUUCGUUUUUGAAAAUCCAUAGAAUUUAUAUUUCCCGCUAACAUUUAUAUCCAGCAUUUACGAGCACUAACGUCCGCCAGAAUGAUAUGCACAUUUUAUGAUAAGAAUCAAACACUCUGAUGUAUGUCUGGUAUGUAUUGUUUGGCAGCUGUUGAUAAGAUCUAUCUUCAAUCUUUUCAAAUAACUGCCAAAUAUCACAAGUCAGACCUCAGGUCGUAUGAUCCAUACCAUAAAUCGUUCACAAUUCAUGUGGCCAUUAGUAUCUGUAAAUGCUGGAGAAAAAUGUUACCGAGAAAUAUGAAUUCUUUGGUUUUUCAAAGGCGAAAUCUGUUUACAUAACAACAAAUAUUAUUGCAUGUUUAUUUUAACAUCGGUUCAAUUGACCCCAUUAAACUAAUUGUAUUUGUAUUGUUAUCAAUGGCAGUUUACUAUUUACUAGAUUCCUUUAAUUUAUUGGAAAACAUUAGAAAAAUCAUUGUUCAUCUUUUUCUUGUCUUAACAUCCUCACUUGGCUAAACCUGCUUUUCAGCUAGUUUUCUAUAAGUAUUAUCGUCGCACCACCAAAUCGAAGUCGUCGCUAGAAGCACAUGCGAAGUUACAGCUGCGAAGUAAAUUUGAAUCUAUUUUUUCUGUUGCGCAUCAUUAAGCUAAUUAAGAGCAACAAUAUGCACUAAUCCAAAUUGAGUUGCGACAUUUCUAAGUAGGUUAAAAAUCAAUUUUCGCACGUUCGGUCAUUUCGUAUUUCGACCAAAAGCAUAAUACUUCCUCAGUUAUUCAUUGAGAGCUUCCUCUGCCAACACGGCUUGACGUCUGUCAGUUUUAGCGAAUAACAUUCGAUAACCGAAACAUCUACUGUACUCAAAUUUAAAACGAAAACUAUAAAAAAUAUGUCAAGUGAUUUUGUAUUUGAUUAUACAAACAUGAUCCAAGCAACAAUAAUACUUAUUGUUAUUCAAUUGUUACAAAUUGUUUUUAAGUGUAAUUGAGAAAUAAACUCUUUUUUAAUAAAAAGUCCAUGAGAACUUUGCAGGCACUUUUGCAACUAUUUAAAAACAUCUUAAAUUAAUUUUUACUGAUAGUAACUUUAAAUUAUUAUAGAACUAUUGAAAAACAAUCGAAUCAAUCAGUCACUAAUAAAGCUAAUGUUCACUUAUUGUACGAACUAUAUGGGCUUGAUUUCUAUUGUAAAAAGUAACAAUAUAUCUACUAUGUGUUUUAUUGUGAACAAUAAAACCAGUCAUUUGUUAAUAAUAUUUACCAUGUAAAGAAUGGUAAUUUUUUAUCCGGGAAACCAUCCAUUACCUGACAGAAAUUGUGCCAAACGAAAGUUCACCUCGCCUGUGAUGAACACUGCCUGUUGUUCCACUCGCUCUACCGAUCACUUCAAAAGACAAACGAAGUCCAUCAAAACAGAAUCGACUCACGCCACAGCAACUCAAGCUAACCUUCGUUCGAGACAGAUUCCCCUACAUCCAACAGCAGCGAUCGUCCCUUCGGCUUGAACCAAGCGAUGAAAAACGAAGCAUCUCCUAGAUGAUUUUUUGUUCUCCGCCUUAUAUUCAUAUUUAUAUGGCGUGCUUUAUUUGUGUUUGUUGCGCCAUGCAAUACUACUAAACAAAUCGACCUUCACCUUGCCUUGUCAGAUGACAGUCAUCCAGCAGUGAGUGACAAGGCUCUGCGUCUGAAUGACUGGUGACGCGCCUUGAGCUGAUGUGAGAUUUACAAACGAAGAGCGUGGCGGGAGCUCCCACCGUAUCAGUGCGUUCGUCGCGAAUGUGUUUGUUAGCGGCAAAGAGACGGUUGGCUGUUGCGUUGAUGGAAGAAGGCGGCAAAUGUAGAUGUUGCGGCUUUUUUGAGUCAAGAUGGUGAUGGUGCACAAGACUGUGUGUGAGUGCCAGCUGGUUCGACUUCAUCCAGUUCUCCACUAUGCCAAUGCAUGCACCGCUGUUAGUUCUACUUCUUCUAUCGACUCGCCGUAUACCGUGAGGGUAAUGUCAUCGGCAAAGCCGAUCAGCUUUACGCCCGGUGGAAGUGUGAGCCUCAAUACGCCAUCGUACGCCGCGUUCCAUAGUACCGGGUCCAAGAUUGACCCUUGUGGUACUCCCGCGGUGAUGUUGUAGCUGCUCUCGCCUUUCUCGGUGUCAUAGAUUAGCACCCUAUUCUGGAAGUAGCUCUCCAGAAUUCGGCAUAGGCUACCGGGGCGCACUCGAUGGCGGCCCAGCGGCCACUGUUGAACGCAUUCAAUAGCGGAUUCCCGUUCGCUUCUUUUGGAGUUUUGGUUGCAGCCCUUAUAGCGUCCACCGUCGAUCGAUCCUUCCGGAAGCCGAACUGGUUAUCCGAGAGGCCAGAAUAAUCGGGUCCCAACAGUUUACCGGUGGUGUUCAGAAGGCAGAUAGGGCUGUAUGCAGACGGGCCGCCAGGUGGCUUUCCGGGUUUGGGCAGCAGAGCCAAUUUUUAACUUUUCUACCUAAUUGGAAAUUCGCAUCUGUACAGGCACAUCUGCACAGCUAUUUUGAACAUGUUAGGGCUAGCCUCGAUGGCCGCCUUGGUGGCUAGUGUCGGGAAUAACUGACGGGAUACCGUCCGGACCCGGAGCCUUGUUAAAAUUAAGCGACUUCGCUAUUGCGAUGAGCUCAUCAUUCGUCACCGGGGCGACCUCGUUAUAGGGGACGGGGGCCCAUGGUCUUGUACCGUAGUGCGGGAACAACGUAUCCACGAUCUUCAGCAGUAUCUUGGGGGAGCGUUCUGGGGGUGCUGAUACGCGCUUUGUUUUGGACACGACUACUUUGUAGGCAGGCUUGGCAGAAACUCCCUCGCGAGAAAAUGAGGAAGCGAUUUCGGCGAUUUUCUGAGGAGUGAAAAUAAAACUCAGGAAUCACAACGCAAAUCCUCAACAGCACCGAGCGCGAGCUUGCCGCGCAGCGAGGAAUAAGGCAAUCCAUGAGACAGAUGCGAUCAGCUGAUUUUAUUUGUUUACCAUGUAUUUUUGACAAUCGAUGAUCGGGGUGACAGUUGAACACAUAGGAAUUUGUUAAGCACCGACGACACUUGACGAAACUUUGUUAAGUUGUACUCACACUGUGUUUACAGUUUUGGCUGUCACCCCCAUCGCGAAAAGUCGUCAUGGAUUGCCUUAUUCGUUCAACACUCAUAAUUGCUUGUUGUGUUUCUCACGUCCACUCACACUCAAAAAGCUCUCGCGAGUUCCACUCCCAUACAAAGAAAGACUCUCGAGGCGGAUAUCGCACCCAAAAACCCGAAAUAAUCAUCGGCUCUUUUUUCGUUCCCCUCUUCCUCGCUCAGUUUUUAUUGCCUCUCUGUUUGGGGUUCGUUCGCUCCCUCGCGACGAGGCAAAAGCAAAACACCGCUCUAGAGCAUGUUGCAAAACUCUUUUGAUUUCGAGGAGGAUUAUCAAGCCUGUUUGUAGGCAUCACCUCAAAGGGCCGUGUUGGUGCCUGGCAGAGAUUUGUUCAAUGCCAAUUAAGUCGGCAUGUAGGCCUUACUUCGCUUCAUUCUUCUCUCACGCAGAAAAAUGGCGCUUGUUUAAAACAAUAAAACGCAUGGUUGAUUUUCAAACUGAGAAUUUACUUAUUCCUAAGUUAUAUUUAAUUGUUUUCAUUUAGGGUUUAUCGAUAAAAACAACCGAUUACCAUCAUUUCAUAUAAUGUCAAAAAUUUCAUUUGUUUCAACAAAAUAAAAACCAUAAACAUGGUCCGAAACUUGGUCCGAAAGCACUCACACACCUAUAAAAUGCUUACCCCAACAUCGCCACAACGAAGAAGGUGCAGCAAAUCCAUCACGCCAACUUCCAAGUGCAGCUUUGGUCGUGAUGGAUAACGCGCAGGUACUCUCAACAGCAUCCACAAAAAGUUGAUCGGCUUCGCCUUUUUGUCUUUUUUUAGUCCCCAUCCGCUCACCGACGGUCUAAAAAUAGAUUUCCGAGCUGCCGCAGGAGCUGCCGUCACCAACACAAUCACAUUCCGGCUUUGUUAGUCACAAAAGUGCAGCCGUUUAAAACAAUAUGUUAUUUUAUGUUGAAACUACCAAAUCUCUGUUUGUUCUAACAAACAGUCAAAAAUUUCGUCAAAUGAAAACAUUUGUAUUAUCAAACAGUUGCAACAGUUCAGUUUAAACCAGAAAUCAGUUUGUCGCUAUAGUAAACUGAAAAAUCGGUUGAUUAGAACUAGAAUUUAAUUAUGUUUACAAUUUAUUUUUCUGCGUGCUCAUCGAUGCGAGCUUUUUGUAGCUCUUAGGCAGGAUGCGCGGAAUUUUGCGUUUUCUGGGCACCACCAGUAUACCGGUUUGCGUUCAUUUCUGGGUAGGGAUCGUCUUGGCAUUGUGGCCUCACAUUCACGGCUUAGGGUUCCGACUAGAUAGAUCGUCGGUAUUACCCUCCAUAAGCAAUCGCUCCACAAAUGCCGGCUUAUCAAAUCGCGAUGUCUGCCAUCCCCGAUGGCAACCUUCGGCUGUUGCCGUUUUCCUCCAUAUUCCACCUGUAUCGAAUCGCCAGAUGAUCACUGUGCGUUUAUCCAUCGUUGACCCUCCGGUACGAACUAGGGUUUUUUAGACUCUGGCUCCAGAAGGUUACGUUGAAGGCAUUGAAGUCUCCGCUGAUGACCACGGGACUCAAUCUCACUAGUGCGCUUGAUAGUGAAUCCAGCAUAAACGAGAACUGGUUUAUCGACCACCUGAGAGGGGCAUAACAACUGCAGUAGUACACCCUGUUGAUCUUAGCUAUUGCGAAGCCCUCGUACGACGUGGUAAUUAUUUCCUGGACCGGAAAAUGACCGGUCGUACAUAUCGCCGCUAGCUUUGCCUUAUCUGCUACCCAGUUCCCGUUGUCGGGAUGUGUACAUGAAGCACUUGAAACACGCCACUGGCAGCUCUUACAUGCUGAGUGGACACACUGACCAGUAGUAUGGGACAAACAUCAAAUUCUCGCUCCAGUCGACUUUUUUGAUUCCAUUUAGGUCCCAUAUGAACUGUGCAAAAUUUCAGCGCAAUCGGUGAAACUAUAAUUUAGCGCAAGCGGCUCAAAGUUUUCAUAGGAUUUACUAUGGGAAAAGAUGCACUUUCAAUCAAAAAACCCCACAGGCCGCCCUUUAUCUCCUUAAUUCAAAUCGAUCAACGUUUCUUGUAGAAAAAUCAUUUGUGAAACUUUCCAUCGAAGACCGCAAAACGAUUGGAUGCUUGUGGAAAAAGUUAUUGAUUUAUUACCGAUUAGUGAUCCAACGAACGGCUUUUUGUUUUGUUUUAUUAGCAGCACUGUAGCUGCUGCCUUGGCUGCUGCUGUUUCUGGGGGUGGUGAUGCCUCCCGCCACCCCAUGCAACAGCGGCAGCAGCAGUGCUGCUGAUAAAACAAAACAAAAAGCAGUUCGUUGGAUCACUAAUCGGUAAUAAAUCAAAAACUUUUUCCACAAGCAUCCAAUCGUUUUGCGGUCUUCGAUGGAAAGUUUCACAAAUGAUUUUUCUACAAGAAACGUUGAUCGAUUUGAAUUAAGGAGGCAAAGGGCGAUCUCUGGGAUUUUUUGAUUGAAAGUGUAACUUUUCCCAUAGUAAAUCCUAUGAAAACUUUUAACCGUUUGCGCUAAAUUAUAGUUUCACCGAUUGCGCUGAAAUUUUGUACAGUUCAUAUGGGACUUAAAUGGGAUCUAAAAAGUCGACUGGAGCGAGGAUUUAUUUUUUUCCAUACAAGCGUGUCCCAUACUACUGACCAGCCUACCUUGCUCUUGCUGACUGCAGACGCCUUGUUCACCUCCCCUACGGGGAGCUUGAUCGUGCUAUCUGUGUGCCUGCCAGUCCCUUUUGCUGGUGGAUCGAUGCACUUGGUGCAUCCAUCUCGCAUUGCUGUUUAAGUGCGGCUGCGAUCUCUCCUGCGUCGGUGAUCUCGUACCGGUUUUUACACUGGAGAGUCGCCUCCGCCGUUAGGGCUCUUACCUGCAUUUUUUCACCUAGUACUUUUUGAGCUAGUGCUGUAUAGGAGGUUUCUUUUAUGGUCACGUGCUUCUUCAGCACUAGCACCAUCUCUACAGUUCUGGUGCGUUGGAUGCUUUUUACAUCCGUGCCCAGCGGUUAGAGUUGAUUUUCGCCUCACAUGAACCUCAGCACCUCGGCGUACGUGUCUGCCUCGGUUUCGAAGUCAUGUGCGUUGCUCCGUUCGCGUUUGUGAGCCGACUUCACUUUUCAGACUUUCUUCUUUCACAUAUAAAAACAAAGGUUCUUCUUCCACUGGUCCGAUUCCUUUUUUAGGUGGGCUUGGUUUCCCUGACCCUUGCGCAUUUCGCAACCGACUUGGCAGUUUGGUGAUUCGCGCUUGCCGUCCCUUUCUUUCUCUUGGCUUUUUGCCAGCCUUUGCCGGACCCUUCUUGAACCACGUCUACUCGGCAGGUUAAGACCAUGCCGUUCGAGCCGUAGGGUGGUUUGACCUCUGCGCUACGGCUCCGGCCGGCUGCAUGUUUUCGUGUUGUUUCGUCGCGUUGCUAGCAAAGAGGAAGCUUUUGGGUGAACUGCAACUGCGCCUCCCUGCUCGCAUCAGCCGCACUCCGCACUUCGACCAGGAGAGCAUACUCCUUCUUGGCCAGAGCCAGCAAUUUGCGUAACUUCAGCAUGCCCUUUUUCAGGUCCUUGCUAAUGGUAGUCUACCCGCUCGUGUAGCCAAUCAGCUCGUCAAACUGUUCGGCAACUACCAACAUCUUUUGUAUACCACUACUGUUGCGGUUUAGCGGCCGCGUCAGGUCCGCGUCCGUUAUCUGCGCUUCCUCGGCCGGUGUUGCACCGCUUCGUGCUCCUCCUGUUGAACCUCCUGCCGCCUGUUCGCUUUUGGGUACACCAGCCCCUCGUAGUGGCGAUCUCGCCAGUCCUCCUCGCGCGAUUACAUGUUUGGAUGCGGUUCCGUAUCGCUGCCGUAUGUGUGGAGUAUCUGAAGAGGCCCAGCAGAGCCCACUGCUGGGUCCCCACGCCUAGGCUUGCUCCGCUUGAGCAGUUCGUAUGCCCCGGUGCUCGGUCACUUACUGGUGCCAAAGGUAGUAAGUCCAAAAUACUGAUGUGUGGAUAUGGUUCGCUUAGAAAAUAAUCCUAAGCUCCCACCUGUUUGGAGAGUCAUUUGGAGCAUACUAAUUAUUUGUUGACUGGAGGAGGAAGUCGUGGUCUCCAGCAUUAGCAUUAGCAUUAAGCGAGUCGCACAAAUUCGUAGGUGGUACAGCCCUAGACCGCUGUUAUGAGGGUUGCCUCCUUCCCGCCCGAACCAAAGCACAAAGAUUUGGGACUAAUCUCUGACUCCUAGACAAGACUAACGCAAUCCUCCAAUGGUCGAGCACUGUCCUGGCCACGUCCUUGCGACUGCUGAGGAAUGGGAAAGGAUGAUUAGUUUUGGACACCUAUGAGAAAUGUAGACAACUCUACGAUCUCUCAGGCCUAUGUGUCACGGGAAUUUGGGUGGUGUUAGUGGAAGGGUAAACUCCAAAGGAUACGCUUGGUUAACGUUCAGGCACACCAUUGUUAGACUGCUUCGAAUCAGUUGUCUGUCCAAUUCAUACUGGUUUUCUCGUCAACUUGUUGGCAUUUGGUUGAAUUACUAGAUUCUUCGGUUGAUAAUCUGAAAUAUAAAAUAAUAUUAACAUCGUACGUCAAAUAAGCUACAUAUUAGUGAUACGCUCGCCACAGUUACAUAUUUUUAAAAUAUUAUUUAUAUCGUACGAUACAUUUACCUGAAUCCUGCUGAAAUAAAAUGUUACUUAGCAGUACAUUGAAACACAAAUACUACAAAACACAAGAAAAAGAGCAUCUUAAAAUAUUUAAAAAUAAGGUAAAUAUCAAGAUCAAAAUUUGAUUUGAUAGAUCUCGGAGGAAGUCGUGGUCUCCAGCAGGUUCAAAUCACAGAGAAGAUCUUCGCAAUCAUCACAAUUUUUGGAUUGCAGAAGUCUGUAAUGUGUUUGGGUUACUCUUUGGGAACAAAUCAGCAGAUUAAUUCUAACAUUUUGUUAAGAGGAACCGCACGACAUGGCAAUACCUGAUGCACUGGUGGUGGCUUUUCACCACAUCACAUCAUCAUUUCAACCAUGCGUCAUGAUAUACGUUCAGAUUAAAUGCCACACGAGUGUGCUCAUAAAGGUUAUCCUUCGUAAUCGGUCAGUGUCUGUAUAUUUUUAUAACCGUCACCGUUCUGGCUCGUUGAUCUUCUCAACAGAUAGGGUAUCGCGCCACUUGGGCGGUGGCUUCUAUAUUCGUCUGUUUUCCACCAUAACUCAGUCAAUUUUGAACCAAUUGACUUGAAAUGUUGUACACGGGUAGAUACCAUACCUAUCUCACCACAUUCCAAAAAUUGUGUCAAUUGGUUCAAAUUUGACUGAGUUAUAGUGGAAAACAGGCGAAUAUAGAAGCCACCGCCCAAGUAGCGCGAUUCCCUACAUGCUGGAGAAGUGGAGGACAAAUAGCUUGAAUUAAGUGCAACGUUUGUUAUGGUGCUUACAUCUCGGCGCGCUUAUGCACGCAUAGUAUUCAUUAUGCAAUGUAAUAUGGGGAUUGGAAAUAUGAAACAAAUUAAAAUUAGCUUAUUCUACUCCAGGUUAAUUAUUAACAGGGGACAUUCUUACCGCUUUUAAUCAGUUGCAUUCGCUGUCUGUCUGCUGGUCAAAGUCAAAGUCGAAAACAAGAUAACGCCAGACAUAAUGGGAUUCAAUACUAUAAAUAUAAAUACAUAUAGUACAUUCGGAAGAGAUCUGUUCUAGACAGUGUUAUCGUUUUAUCAUUAUUGUAGUAGUAUUAACGUCAUAAGCAUGAACUCACAAAAAGAACCAUGCUAUCUCAUGAUCCACUGAAGUGAAAUUGUCCAAAUAUGCAGUAUGCAAUAUGAACAUCAUUUCAUUUUUUAUAUUUUAUGACUAACAUAGUUAAUACCGCUUUGCAUACAAAAUAGGAAUUGGAAUUCUAUGGUCGUAUGUGAUUGUUGCUUCAACAGUUACCACUUGAAGUGCAAGAAAAUUAGCUAAGAAGCCCUGAAUAAGCUAUCUGGAACACCGUAUUUUUGUUCCCCAAAAUGCAACGAAAUAUUCCGCAGAAUCACGAUUUUACUGUGAACAAAAACGGUGUGAUGCUGACAAGGAGUACAUCACAUCGACCAUAAAAGAUGCAUUGGCGCAGAAAUUAGAUGUUAUACUCAGAGAAAUUUGCCACCUUCAAGUCAACACGGUCACGAUGAGAUUGUCAAGGAGCAGGAUGGCCUCAAAUAGCGAUGUUCACAACUGGAAAAUAUGGUCAGCAAUCUGGAGGACGAAGUAGAUUUUUUGCAUCGUGAUAGGAUCUCAAACAACGUAAUGUUUUUUGGAGUUCCUAUGAUGACCGGCGAAAACACCAUUGAUGUCGUUCAAGCUACAAUCAACCGUUUAACUUAUGCGCAGCCCCAACUAGUCACCAGAAAAGAUAUCCUCUCCGUGUUUGAUUUCCUCCGAAGAAUAAGAGUUCCUUGGCGCCACCUAUACGAGUACCAUUCAAGACUUGUGACUGCAAAGGGAAAUUCAUGCAAAUCGUUUGACUGAUGCAGAACCUGAAAUCGACGGACGUGGAGCCGGCGUGGAUAGUGAAUGGCGUCGGAUCCAGAAUCUUCAUUCGAGACGAAGCAACAAAACUGAGUUAGCACAUCUACAAAGAGCUGAAGUCUAAACAGAAAGAUUGGGGGAUACAGUUCGUAUGGAUCGGCCGCAACAUUGUAGCACUGAUAAAAAAGAUGAUGCAUCAUCUGUUGUGAAAGUUAAAAACUGGGAUGAUUUCGCCAAACUAAACAGGGAUUAAUGUCUAAAGAAAAAUCUAAAUGAACUGCAUCUGAGAUCAGACCUCAACAGGAUCAAAUAUCUAAAAAAUAUUGCUCGUGAAUGAUUAAUUAUGUCGCCUUGCAAGUUUGAUAUGUUUUUAAUUUUAUAUUUUAAAUGUUUUUUUUCUCUAUCAAUGAACUCAAAAAUAUGUAAUUUUAAAUAUACUAAUGUAGAUGAAUUCAACUUAAAUUCAAAUUUAGCCUCACAAUUGAACCAGGACAGUUGUAUAUCAAUCCUACAACAAAAUAUGCAAGGAAUGAAUGAUUUCACAAAGUUUGAUGACUUUUCUCUUUUUUUUUUAAGUGAACUGCAAUCAAGUAUUGAUAUUAUUGUAUUACCUGAAACAUGGAUAAAUAAUGAAAAUGAAAAAUAUUAUAACAUUCCUGGAUUUAAACAGAUCAACUCUAGUAGGGUUGGCAGGCGUGGUGGUGGACUAAUAAUAUUUUUUCAAUCCAAAUUUGAUGUAGAAAUUAUUGAAAAAAAUAACUCUCAAUUAAGUUUUCAGUUUAUUCGUAUAAGCAUAAAAUUGUCACAAGUUGAGCGUUUACGUAUUUGUGCCGUAUACCGUCCACCAGUAGCAGAUAUGAAAGAAUUUCGGAAUUUCUUCGAAUCUGUUAAGGAAAAUUAUGCUAGAUCUGUUACUAUCAUACUUGGCGAUAUAAACAUUGCUAUAAAUAAAUCCAACACAAUUGUCACUGAUUACAAAAACCUUUUAGCUUCAUCUUCAUUUGAAGUAAUCAAUACAUUUAAAACUAGACCAGCCAGUGAAAUUAUUUUGGACCACGUAAUUUGUUAUACUAGUAACUUUCUUGAAAUAACAAAUUCUACCAUCUUCAACGAUAUUAGUGAUCACAUACCUAUCUUAUCAAAGUUUACCAUUAAAUCCAAAAAACAAAAGCUAAAAUUAUCGAAGAAUAUACUCAAUCAUACACAUUUUCAUCAGGAGUUCUACAGAUUUUUAGAAAAUUUAACCCUGGAAGCAGAUCCGAAACAUACUUAUUAGUAUUGUGAACAAAUAUAAUGAACUACGUAGAGAGCAUAUUAAAACUGUUAAAUACAAGCAAAAGUUAGAGAUACUUAAUGCUUCUCCAUGGAUUUCAGUUGAUGUUCGGAAGCUAAUGGAGAUAAAAAACAAUUUUUUUCGGGAGCUAAAACGUUGCCCGAGUGAUGACCACACGAAGGAUCUACUCAAGCAUGUAAAUAAAAAAUUGAAUUCUGCAAAAAACGCUGCGAAAUCUAAAUUUUAUGCAGCACUGUUCAGCGAUGGUGAUGCCAAAAAAAAUUAGAACAACAUAAACAAAUUACUUGGAAAGGGCGGGAAACAGAUGCACAAUCUUUCGAUAAAAGUCGAAGGAAUGUUAAUAGAAGGUGGCAAUAGAAGUCAACAAUUAUUUUACUAAGGUUGGUAGUGACUUAGCAAGAAACUUAAAUAGUGAAAGAAACUUUAACAAAUACAGAACCAUAUGCCGGAUUCAACAUUCUAUAUUUUUGGAAUCAAUCUUUUACUAACCUUACCGAUCAGGCUAAGGCCGGGGUGGCCUCUGCUGUACAUAGUAUACAUAGCCGCCUCCAUUCCACUCGUUCCAUGGCUGUUUGUCUUCAGUUCCGCACUCUGUGUAGGGCCCGCAGAUCGUCCUCCACUUGGUCGACCCACCAAGCUCGCUGCGCUCCACGUCUUCUUGUACUGGCCGGAUGACUCUCGAGAACCAUUUUAGUCGGGUUGCUAUCCGACAUCCUGAUGACGUGACCCGCCCACCGUAGCCUCCCGAUUUUCGCGGUGUGGACGAUGGUUGGUUCUCUCAGCAGCUGAUGCAGCUCGUGGUUCAUUCGCCUUCUCCAAGUCCCGUCUUCCAUCUGCACUCCGCCGUACGCAACAUCUUCCGUUCGAAAACUCCAAGGGCGCGUUGGUCCUCUGCAAGUAAGGUCCAUGUUUCGUACCCAUAGAUGACGACCGGUCUAAUCAGCGUUUUGUAGAUGGUUAACUUCGUGUUACGGCGAACUUUAUUCGAUCGUAGAGUUCUGCGGAGUCCAAAGUAAGCACGAUUUCCUGCCACAAUGCGCCUCUGAAUUUCUCUGCUGGUGUCGUUGUCGGCGGUCACCAGUGAGCCCAAGCACACGAAUUCUUCAACCGCCUCGAUUUCAUCACCGUCGAUAUAAAAUUCGGGGUGGCGGGCGCGAUGAUUCCUCCCUGGAGCCCUUUGCCGUCGUGUACUUUGUCUUCGACACAUUAAUGACUAAAGAGGAAUUCCACGGAGUCAUGUCAGUCGAUCCUGAGCGACCAUUUCAAAAAUAUCUGAAACUUUGCACAGUUUUUCAAUUUCAUCUAAAUCGUCAUUUUUCGAUAUCAAACCUUCAUAUUCACUCACGACUAACUUUUCAAAAGGGUGUAUGCGAAAAUAGUUCAAAAAUAUUCUAAAAGCUGUACAGCAAAAACGGAUUGUUCGAUUGUUAUGAAUUUUUCAGCAAAGUUAGAUAACUAAAUGAUGAUUCCUUAGAAAAUAUACACUGUAAAAAAUUUCUUUUUUUACUACAAAAAAAAAAGAUCUUUGUCACAAAAACUCAAAUAUCUCAGAACCCUAUCUUUUUACCAACGUCAAUUUUUUAGGGAAAAUGGCCCAUUAUAUCAGCUAUCUACCAUAAAAUUUUGGUGAUGGUAAACUGAUUAACAAAAAAGUUAUGACAUUUCAAACAUUUCACAAUUUUUACAUUUAGUAACAAAAAAAAACAUUUUUUUCUGUGUAAAUUAUUUCGAGAACUAUAUUUUGAUGCUGAUUUUAUUGUAAAGGCUACCGCAUGAAUUAAACAAGUUGUUUUCAUGAUAUUUUUGUUUGAUUAUUUAUAAUUACUAUAGUAUCUAUUUGAACCUUACACGCGAUCCAGUGUUGUGAUCAAAAAUAUUGAGAUUGUCAUACUUUUUAUUGUACGUGACUGGUGAAAAAAUCCCUUGAUAGUGUUGAAAAGCUGUUGAUCAUAAGAAAAAUGGAAUUAAACUUAUUUUGAAGACGAAAGCUGCAUAAUAAAAGUUUUAUAUAUACGCGUAUACGUCUAGUUGAUCUGCAAAAAAAUACCUCUUAGGGUCGAUUUCUUCACCCUGGCUUAGGCGUUAAGCCAGGUUUAAUUAUAUGGGUAAGCCUGGCUUACGGGUUAAGCCGAGGUGAAGAAAUCGGCCCUUAGAGAACAGACUUUAUGAUCGGAAAAAUGCGAGUAACUUCAACAACAACAAAUGCAUGAGAGGUACAUACCACAGACAAACAGACAAAACGCCUAGAACAAUUUUCGUGAAAAUCCAUCGCCCAGUUCACACUACCACCACCUGGUGGAAAUGUUUCACGAAACACUGCGUUGUGCAAUAUCGUCAUCAGAAGGCGCUAGUGUGAAACGUCAAACGCAAAGAAAAACGAUGGGCACUCUUCUGGUUAUGAAAGCCACAACCAAGAUUCAAAAUGAUCGUUAAAGGCGUGGUCAAUGAAAAUGUCGUCAGUGUUACGUUUGUUUGUCUGUAUACUAGGGUGGCCCACACUUAUAUGAAAAACAAAAAUUUCGAAAAAUGCUAAGUCUUACCUCCUAAAUAAGUUGUUUUGGACUCCCAGAAGCUACGUUCAAAAUUUGAGUAAAAUCGGUUGAGCCUAAGGGGGCGCUCAAAACGCUUGAAGUUUAUAUGGGAAAACUUGGCCAAAUGUAUGUAGAAAUUUUAAGUUUUCUAAUUUUGCCGCUAGGUGGCGCUGUAAGCGUUCAAUAAUCAAACCCUUUGGUAUUAUUGUAGGUGACUAUAUGCCAAACAACUUUGUCGAAGACCGCAAAGUGAUCCGACGCCUGUGAAAAAAGUUAUACCCUAGGCAAAGUGAGGCAAAGUAGUGAGAUUUCAUUAUUGAUAUUAUUCUUUUACAUGUAUUGGAAAAACAACAAUAAAGUUUAUCCUCACUUUACCAAGGGUAUAACUUUUUUCACAGAAGUUGGAUCACUUUGCGGUCUUCGACAAAGUUGUUUGGCAUAUAGUCACCUACAAUAAGACCAAAGGGUUUGAUUAUUGAACGCUUACAGCGCCACCUGGCGGCAAAAUUCGAAAACUUAAAAUUUCUGCAUACAUUUGGCCAAGUUUUCCCAUACAAACUUCAAGCGUUUUGAGCGCCCCCUUAGGCUCAACCGAUUUUGCUCAAAUUUUGAACGUAGCUUCUGGGACUCCAAAACAACUGAUUUAGAAGGUAAGACUUGGCAUUUUUCGAAAUUUUUGAUUUUCAUAUAAGUGUGGGCCACCUUACUGUAUACAUACCAUGAAAAUGCUCACGAAAAAGCAAAAAAAUACUACCGCUAUGGAUAUUAAAAAUUUUAUAGUAAAUUUUUUCUUCGUCCAAGCAAACAACACCAAACUAGUCAGUUAAAACUAAUAAGUGAUUUUGUUUAUUAUAAUCUAACGAACAACAUGAACAGUCGCUUUCUCAAAGGUCUUCAACUCAACGCUCUCUUGUAGACCGCUUGUGAAAAAAAAUGUUCAAAAGAGUUACGAAAUCUCAUAGAUAAACUGAAAGAGACUGGUUAUGCCCAAAUUGAAUACAAAUUUACGCAUUUGCACGUCCUGCCGUCUAGACUUUGACAAACGAGCCAUCUGUAUAUCAUCGGUAAAGCAGGGCGCAGGAAGUUCGAAAACGACAACAACUGAGAAAUUGCCAGAAGUGCUAAGUGCAGAGAGUCAUGCCACCGUACCAUCAGCGACAUCUGUUUAAACAAUUUAAUCACGCCUCUUUUCAAAAAUGCUUUGACAUAUACUUCAACAUUUAUACCCAUUUCAAUAUUUUUAACGUUGCAAAACACGCUUUCAACAUUCAUCUUGAAGAAGAGGGAAAACACUUGUCCUCAAAUGUAACAGCAAAUUAAUCAAUAAACGACUAAUGCGCGGAGGGCGUGAUAAAAUCGGAACAGUACUGUACAUAUAAUAUACAUAAUACAUAAUAAAAACAGAUUGUUUUACUCACGCAAGGCCAUUAACAAUAAAAUCAGCAUCAAACUGCGCUUUCCGGCCGAAAUAAUUUACACUAAAAAAAAUUAUUACUAAAUGUGAAAAUUGUGGAAUGUUUGAAUUGUCAUAACUUUUUUGUUUAUUAGUUUAUCAUCACCAAAUUUUUAUGGUAGAUUGCUAAUACAAUGGACCGUUUUCCCUAAAAAAUUA